AUGGAGAAUGGUCUUAAAGUCGAGGAUAGACUUGUAGGCGCAUCAAACUUCACUUCGUGGAAGUUUAGAGUUCUUAUUGCACUUGAAGAAAAUGAUCUUCUUCGGUUUGUGAAGGAAAAGGAACUAUCCGAGCCAAAAAAUCGAGAGGAGAAACUUAAAUUCAAGAAGAAUGCCAUAAAAGCGAAAAAGAUAUUGAUUGACUCCGUGAGAGAUCAUUUAGUGCCUCUCAUUUCUAAGAUGACAACUGCAAGAGACAUGUUCAAGACCUUGGAAGGCCUAUAUGAUAUUAACAACCCAAGUAGGGCUCUUGGAUUGAGGCAACAACUUCACCAAGUCAAGAUGGCAAAAGGAGAAUUUGUCAUGUCAUUCUUCUUGAAGAUCUUUGAACUAAGGGACCGACUAAGCGCUAUUGGAGAUCUAGUGGUUGAUAAAGACCUUGUCAUGUUGGCAUUGAAUGACCUUCCUCAUUCUUGGGAGCCAUUUAUUCAAAGUAUAAGUGGGAGAUCCAAAUUGCCUAAGUUUGAUCAUCUUCAUGUGGAUUGCAUUCAAGAAGAAUCUAGAUUGGUUGCCAAGGGAAUUGCCAAAGGUUCUUGCCACUCAAUCCACCAAGAAAGGAAGAAAUUGGAAGAAGGGAAACUUCAAGAGGAAUAA